AUGGACGGCCCUCAAUACCCGACCAAUGGUGUAAACACAUCUGCGGCUCAAACUUACCCGUCACCCACGGCCAUCUCGCCUCACCAGCUUCAAACUGGUUCUCCUCUGCCGCAGACGCUCCCGCCUCUGCAGCCCCAUACCGUGGCCAUGCAGCCUCUCUACGGCAGCCACCCGCACACACCGCGAACUCCGGGCACUCCAAACACUCCAAACCAGAACCUGCCCAGCUACCAACAGCAGACCUCGCAGCCUGGCCACCGUCCUGGCAUCUACUCCAUGGCCCAGAACCCGUACCCUCACCAGGGCUAUGCUACGUCUGCUGGUAUGAUGCCUCAAGCUACCACUGCGGUCUCGCACCCGCAGCCCAUUGCUCCCGCGCCGUCUGGUGGCCGUGGACCUCCGGUUCUGCGCCCCAUGCCCCCCGGUGGCAUUAUGCCCCAGCCCGGUGUAGCCUCUCCCUACGGACCUGGUUCUCUCAUGCAGCCCAACUCCAUCCUCCAAGAUGGUGAGCAGCCUACCCACGUUGUUGGAUCUCAGGGCCGCCGAGGAAUACUGCCUAGUGCUCCUGGACGCCCUGCUGCUCAGGCGGCUGGAACUGGUGCCAAGAAUACUGUUAUCCCCGUCAAAGAUGCUGAUGGAAAGUUCCCGUGCCCUCACUGCACCAAGACUUACCUCCAUGCCAAGCACUUGAAGCGCCACCUCCUGCGUCACACUGGUGACCGCCCCUACAUGUGUGUUCUCUGCCGGGACACAUUCUCUCGAAGCGACAUUCUCAAGCGUCACUUCCAGAAGUGCUCUAUCCGCCGUGGCAACCCCACCGGUGCUAGCCACUUGUCCCACCCGCAAGCUCACGUCAAGAAGAAUGCUCAGGCUCAGCAGAAGGCAGCUCUUGAGAAUGGAGGAGAUCUGAACCACUUGAAUGGAUUGGGUAACAUGGGUGGGAACAACAUUGUUCAUCCCUUUGGUAUUGUUCCCGUUCAGGAUGGCAUGAAUGGCAUGGGUGGCGACCAGAGCCAACUCUCCAGGUCGAGCAGCAUGGGUAGACUUGAUAAUGAUGCGGACCGGAGGAACAUGACUGGGUCUGUAAUGGGCUCCUCGCAGCAAUAUGCGGGCGACGUUUCUAGCUCCAUGACCAAUCAACAGAUGCCAAACUACAGUAUGCCCCCUGGUCAGAAUGGUAUUCCCAUGUACGGCGGUUCCAACCCGAACCAACAGCCUGGCCUUGACUGGUCUCAGGUCUUCCAGCCUGGUGCGCACCAACCUCCGAUCCAUCAUCCUAAUUCAGCCCCUAAUCAUGGACAGACGCAGACCGAAAUCAAGGCCGAGCCUAAUCUGGCCGGUUAG